AUGUUGCUGCCCCUCCUGGGCGCCUGUGCUGUGGUGGGACCAUUUCAGGGCCCCGAGUGGGAGCCAGUGCGGGGCCUAUUCUCCAAGGAUCGCAGCUGCAGGGACCCUCGGUGCUGUGGCAACCUGCUCGUCCUCUGCCUGUUUCUGAUCUGGCAGGCCCGGCAGUACUGGCACCAGGUCACCAGGACCCACCGCAGCAUGAGGAAGUCCACCAAGGUGCCACCGCAGAAGUGGGCAGUGCCCUCCAUGAGACAUGACCCUUGUUUUGGGCUGACCCCUGAAUUCUUCUUCAGUCCUGGCAAGUUCAGGUGCCUGGAUUCUCAUGCCCAACAAUGGGCACAAAAGAAGAGAGGGGAAUACUGGAGGAGCCUCCAGGAAUCGUGGACCCAAUAUCUGCUCUCGUGUCAGCACUCGUGUCAAGGUUUACUUUGGGAUGCCCACACCCCUUCUGAACACAUUUUUUGCACCACCUCCUUUUCAAACACCUGUGUGCUACCCCAGGGCAGUUCUUGGGAAGCAUGGCAAGGACCCUGGUGUCACAGUGAUGACCAGACUCAUCUGAUUUGCAAACCUCUGGACAUGUGCCAAAGGAUGGAGCAGCUGUUGGUCCAGUCUCAGGAAGAAGUGGUACCAGUGGAUCAUACUGUCAGCAUGAGAUCCCAUCCUACCUCCAUGACCUCUCUCCCACACCUCCCUUCAGCUCAGAGGCUACAGUUCUGCUCCAGAGAGUUCCUACCUAUGAAGCCUCUCCCCAAGAAGGGUGACCUCUUCCUACUUGCCAGUGGGGAGGAAGAGCAUGUGGCCAGUCAGAGCAUGGCCCCCGCGGGGAAGAACAGGUCCUCGGACCUGCCCUCUGCCUGCCCCCGGCAAGCUGCCAAAGCGCUGGCAGGCAUUCCUACUGCCCUCACCGUCCUGCCCAAGUGGCCAGCCCUCAAGAAGAGCCAGCGGCUGCUCCUGGAGUCCCUUAUGCGGCGGAAGCUUCAAAAGGAGUCUUCAGACGGCAGCAGCAAGGCUGAGCACGAGCCUUUUGAAGAAGAUAGCCUGGUCCCCACAGCUGGCCAAGCCCCAGCACUUAGCCCCCAGCCUGAGCAUGAGGGAUCCUGA